AUGAGUAUGGCAGGUGCGUCUAUCCACGCGAUCAGCAAACUGAAUACUUUGAAGGAGGAGGAGCAAGUAAAUGUAACAAGUGGGAAAUUGGCUGACGAUAUUUCGCGUGUGGGAAGCACAGCCAGUGAUACGUCCACAAAUUACAACAGUAACAGGUCUCGAACAUGCUCAGACGCGUCACAAUCGACAGACGGAUCAAAUUCGGAGGAUAAAUACGGUGCUGCUUUGCGGAAAAACAAGUACGGUAUGAAGAUUCUCGGACUUGGGAUAAGUCACCAGGGCGCAAGGAGACCCAGUGAUAAUCUUUUCCAAAAUGUCGUCGAGAGUCCAACACUGUUUUCUAAUUACGACUUUACAAGACGCGAGAGACCUAAUUCAUCGGAUUCUUCCGUUACGGCAACUUCCGAUCUGUUCUCGCCGUCUAUCCCGAAUUCGGGUGCCGACACCCAUAACAGAAAUCAAUCGAGCAUAUCGGUGAUAAAUGAAAGCGAGGAGGCGCUUCAUAAACAACCACAAACUUUUCUUCAGAUGCAUGCUAACAGCACCUCAAUGCUCUUAGCACACCCUUCCACAGCUAACGCCACCAACAACAAUAACAACAGAACCAACGCAAAAACCCAUUUUUUUAUGACACCAUCACAGAGAUACAGGUUACGCCGUUCCCAGACUCAGACGAAUCUGAGGGAAUCCAUAAGAAGGAAAGACACUGUAUACCCACCUGAUAAUGUAAGCGAUACGGACGACGAUAAUGAUAUUGUGGAAGAUGCGGAUAAGUCCUUUAUUUGGAACGUCCCUGUCGCUCAUGCAUCCACCAGUUCCUUCAUUCAAACCCCGGAAUGGGGCCCUCAGAGAGGGAAGCAUCGUUCCCAAAGUGUGUUGGACUUCAACGCGAUUCCAACGAUGGGCGUUCCAGGUAUUGAUGGCGGGUCGGACUCCGAGUUUAUGAAGGCGACUUCGAUGAGCCUGUCGUAUUUGUACGACCAGACGAGUAACCGACUGUCCCACCAAAAAUUGACGGAGAGGAACAAGUCGGCGGAUGUCUUGCCGCUUGAGUACAAAAGAUUGAGUGACCAAGGACUUGAGGAUUUGAGGCUGGUAUCUGAUGAUAAGAAGAACGUCAUGAGUCAGGGAAGACCCAUGUGGUUACCACCAAAAUCGACCAAGGAGAAAAGGAGCCACGAAAGGGAAAUCUACGAAACCAUGGAAUCGUACAGUCGAGAGGCAUUGGCUAAACAAAAAUGGUUACAAAACUACUCUGCGAAGCUACAGAACAGUGAGAAGGAGCUAGGGAAGACUAUCGAGCGUGGACUUUAUAGACAGUCGUCACUGCAGAUGCUACAUUCCUUUGUACAGGAAAUGCCCUUUUGCAGUAAGAACCGUUUCGAAAUAUAUUCUUCUGUUCUUCAGACGGAUAACUACGUGUUUAUCAAUUUUGUUGAAAAGUUUGAGGAACUCUCCUCUGUUUUGAAGGAAAUGGAUUUUCCGAAGGACAAAGAACUCCAGAUUAAGAAUUUGAUCAACGAUAACAUCGAAAGGGGUACAUUUGAGCUGGAUAACAAACUGUACCCGGCUUUGCAGAAGUUAUUAGAACUGAAAGCCAUCUCCACAUAUGGGAUAACCCCAGGGGACGAAUUACUAAUGUACCAUUUCCUAAAGGAGGGAUUCCCACCAGAAAACACUUGGUUGCUCGUCAAUCUUGUCCAGUUGACCUGUUUCAACAGCAUGAUGAAAGAUAAGUACGACCGUAAAAUAUUACAGUGCCACUACCUGAAGAAAGACGUCUUCAAACAGGAAUUUAAUUCUAGCUGUUUGAACAUGAACACGUGGUGGAAUAUGUUGGAGAGAGUGUCACAUACUCUGUUCCUAUGGAUCCUAGAUAUUGUGGUGAUUUACAACGUUCAACUUUCCUCUCCAGCAAGUGAACCAGAGAACCAGCCUAACGAAGAUUGGGACGUCUACGCCGCUGCACAUAUUGUACCAAAUUACAAAAUUCUUUUGUCCUUUACUGUGAAUAUUCUAAUGAACCACCAUUACGGGUUUGACGAUCUAGUUCAAUUGCGGGGCAUCAAAGACGUCAACAUCGCCUUCCCCAUGCCAGCAAUCAAUAAGGAGGAAGCCCUCGAAACCAAUUACAAGUUUGUAGAAACUUGGCUAAGUUACUACAAAAAGCUGUGA